UUCGCCCGUAGUCAGCUGGGAUAGGCUCCAGCUUGCCUGCGACCCUGUAGAAGGAUAAAGCGGCUAGAGAUAAUGAGAUGAGAUGAUAUAUGCUUACUGUACAAGUCCCAUUCUGAUUUUAUCUCCAGGAGGAACUUGAUGAAGUUGUAUCUCUAAAGAAAUGUCAUAGAAUAUGACCAGUCCACAAUUACACAUGUGCAUAACUGAUGUCCAAUUUUACAUGCAGUGCAUAUGAAGUUAUAUGGAGCUACAAUUACUGAAACUCCAGAGGAGACUGAACUGUGUUUUGAAGAAUAUUUGUUCUUAAAAAAAAGUUUACCCAUGUAAUGAUGUAUUCAAUGUUUGUGUAGAUGUGUGUCAGAACAGGACAUAAUCUGUACAUGUUAGAUGUUAAUAAAACUGAAUAUGUACAUUAGACUCAAUCAAAUGAUUACUAACGGACUAAAUCCUGAGCACUAAGCAAUAAAACACUUGACUACAAAUGCAAGUACAAGCGAUCAAUUGCACAAAUUUAUGCAUCAAGUAUAUACAGUAGGGGUGUAAAGAUAAAUCGAUUUGGAUCGGUUAUCGGUCUGUGACCUAUGCGAUCCGAGUGCACCGGUCAGUGUAACCCUGAUCGGAUGAAAUGUACUAAAAACGGUCCGAUUAUCCGGAUUUAUGGCAGCGAAUCGGUUUCCAGCUCCAGUGGCCCAUACAUGUCAUUGUUGCCUUUGAUUGUUGUGCCACCAAAGACACUGAAGGACAACUGUCUCUGCUAUAGUCAGGUUUAUCAAUCUGUCCUCUUUGCUGUCGUUUCUGGUGCAACUUGGUGUGUGUGAGCUCUCGCAAGACUCUAGUCUUGACCUUUUAUGGUACCUGUGACGUUGGCCGAUUUAGUUGAGCAGCGCAACGUGUUAACAUGUCAGGCAACGGGGAUGAAAUUUUUAGUGCUUCACACCUAAAGUCGAAGGUUUGGAAAUCAUUUGGCUUUUUAAAGAAGGGUGGAAAGCUAGACAAAAGCCAUGCAAUUUGCAGACUUUGUAGAGCAACCAUAAAAUACACUGGAAGCACGACAAACCUCAACAAUCACCUGGCAAGACGGCAUGCUGGGGCUGAUGCGGGUGAACAGGAGGCUAGUGGUGCUAGCACAGCAAGAACGGCCAGCACGGACAAGAGUGGACAGGACAAAGACAAUAAAACACAGGCAUUUUUCCAAUCUCAAUUCAGCCACAACUCGGCAAGGGCCAAAGCGAUAACGGCAUCUAUCGCUCGUUUUAUUGCGCAAGACUUGCGACCAUAUAGUGUGGUUGAAACCAGAGCCUUUCAGGACAUGGUAAAAACUAUGGAGCCAAGGUAUAAGGUACCUUCCAGACAACAUUUCGCUGAGAGGUGUGUGCCUGAAAUGUACAACAAGAUAAAGGACAAAGUAAAACAAGAACUUUUCCUAGCAGAGAGAGUGGCAAUUACCACCAAUGCGUGGACUUCGUGUGCAACGAACUCGUAUGUGACAAUUACGGCACAUCAUAUUUCUCCAGACUGGGAAUUGCAAAACCAUGUCUUACAAACCAGAAUCUUCAACGAUAGUCACACGGGAAGAAAUAUAGGUGCUUUGCUGAAGGAAGCAUGCGCUGAUUGGAACAUUUUGGAUAAAAACCCAGCUCUUGUAACUGACAAUGCCAGAAACAUGAUUGUAGCUGGAGUUGAACCUGAAAUUAGUCCUCACCUUACCUGCUUUGCACACAUGUUAAAUUUAGCGUCACAGAAGGCUUUUCAAGUGGACACAGCUGCAAGGUUGCUAGGGAGAAUAAGGAGGAUUGUUGGAUUUUUGCAUCGCAACAUCAGAGGUGCUGACCUCCUCCGUGAGAAACAACAGCACCUAUGUUUGCCUAACCACAAACUCAUACAUGAUGUGUGCACUCGAUGGAAUAGCUCCUUUGAAAUGGUGCAGCGGUUCCUGGAGCAACAGCCAGCAGUGUUUGCCACUCUCAUGUCGAAGGAGCUCAGGAAAGGAGAGGAGGUGAACACUCUUAAUGAGAGAGACAUUUGCAAUGCUGAAGAUAUUGUUAAACUGAUGGCUCCAGUAAAAGUUGUGACCACAGUCAUGUGUGAGGAGGAGCAGCCAACAAUCUCAAUGAUUGCCCCACUCAAGGCCAAACUUGACAAGCGCUUUGAGGCUACUGAUGAAGAUACAGCUCUCAUCACUGAGAUGAAAAGGGCCUUCAAUAAUGACUUUGAGAAGCGAUAUACACAUCUCCAUGACCUCCUUUACACAGCAUCAGCUCUUGAUCCACGCUUCAAGACAUUGCCCUUUCUGACUGACGAUGACACAGAGAGGAUCUUGACAAGCCUUUCGGUUGAAGCUGCAGCCAUUAACAACAAGGUAAGAAACGUUUUUAUUGAGGUUACAUCCACACGACAACGGCAACGAGAUGUUAUUUAAAAAUAUAUCGCGUCCAAAUGGGCAACGAUCAGUAAAAUAUCAGGUCCAUAUGGCAACGCAACGCUUGCUGAAAACGAUGCAAUACACAUGCCACACCUCUAGCGGCACUGUAAGACGGUCCCUUUGGAGACACCAGAACAAUAGAAGUAGUAAGGACGCAUGCGCAUAAACUAUUAUGCGCGAGACUUCAUAUUAGCCACAAAGUCAGGAAAAUCUGUUCGUAAAAUUACAUUAUAAUGACCAAAUACAAUGAAAAGUAUUUUUCCAGUCUCACCUGUGAAAGGUAAUCCCAUGUGAUCUCGUUUGGACGGCAAACCUGUUGGUACAGUUAAACGCAGCUAAUCUUUAUUCUCCGCUUUGACCUAUCCAAUAUGGCGGCGAGGAUGACGUAUGAUUCUAGGCGGAAGGCGGCGUCUUUAAUGGUCCGGAAUAAAUUGAAUGCUACACGUUGAUGGAUUAAUUUGUUGUUUUUCACCUGUGAAAGGUAAUCCCAUGUGAUCUUGUUUGGACGGUAAACCUGUUGGUACAGUUAAACGCAGCACAUGAAUCUUUAUUCUCCGCUUUGACCUAUCCAAUAUGGCGGCGAGGAUGACGUAUGAUUCUACGUGGAAGGCGGCGUCUUUAAUGGUCCGGAAUAAAUUGAAUGCUACACGCUGAUGGAUUAAUUUGCUCUUCUACCCCCUUUUUGAGGAAUGUAUUGUAGGACUUAAACCAUCAUCUGAAGAGGUGAGAUCGCUCCUUUUUUUCCCUAUUUUUGCUGGCGAGAUUGACUCUGCCCUAAGGGCAGAGUCUCUCUCUCUCUCACUUUGCACCAUUACACAAUAAAUAUUCACAGUGAAAAUAUUUUGUAAGCGCGUUUCAUGAACCAAGAUAUAGGAUUUGUUGACAACUCGCAUCGAGUACGUUACACUUCUACCCGGCGUGAAGCACUGACAGUCAUGUGGUUGUGACAUCAUCGUAAACAAAUCCGUUCUACUCAUCCAGACGACUUCACAACGGCAACGUUGCCAGAUCUUUCCACUCUGGAACCUGUUCUCAAAAAGAUUGCGUUUUGGGCACCCCAAACGCCGGUGCCGUGUGGACGCCAGGCCUAAACGAUAAGCAAUUGUAUCGGAGUCACCUGAAUCCGUUGCCGUGUGGACAGGGCCUAAGUUAGAACUUUUUUGUUGUGCUGUGUUACCAUUUCUUGCACUCUGCACAUUUAAUUUUUUGUGACUGCUGGUGUUUAAUUGUUAAGGAAUGUUAGGAAACAUCACAUGAGGACAAUCAGGGACAGCCAGUUCAGGGAGCUGAAGGGCAGACAGAGCUGCUGACAGACCCUGGGCAAGGCAAUCCGGAACGUGUAGUUUGUUCCCAGAUCCAGGAUACACAGAAAGAUGAUGACCAGCCUCCCUGUAAGAAGAAAAGAAAAGGUGCAGCGCUGGACCUACUGUUUGGAGAGACCUUCGAAGUGAAAGCAGCAACAAGAUCUUCAAACGAGAAGACGGCCAGUGAUGAAGUUAUGAGGUACAGACAGCGUAAUACAUUGCCCCUCAAGGACAACCCACUGCAAUGGUGGAAGGAACAAUCAGACCUCCCACUGCUGUCAUCUCUUGCGAAAAAAUCUCUCUGCAUACCAGCAACCAGCAUAGCAUCAGAAAGAGUUUUUAGCACAGCAGGGGAUGUCGUUUCAGUUCAACGCAGUGUUCUCAGGCAUGAUCAUGUCGAUCAGCUGAUUUUCCUCAAAAAGAAUCUUGACAAGUAUGAAUAAAUUCUGAGCUGUGAGAUGUAAACAGAAGUCAUAAGCACACACACACAAACCAACUCAGGCAGACACACACUAUACUUUUGCUGUAAAGCAUUGAUGAUUUCAGACAGAAAAAAAUGUUAUGAGAUGGAGAGAAAGUAAUAGUUUUUGUUUAGUGUUUGGAGCUUUUUCUUAUUUUCUUUUUUUUGGUAAGAAAAGCUAAUUACAAACAUGUUGCAUACUGAAGUCUAUGUCUAGCAAUGAUAUAUUGCACUUGUUUUACAGUUACUGAAACUCACAUGAGUGACUGAAGCAGUAAUCAUUCUGAUUGUUGCCUUUAAUAGGUAACUUGCUAUAGGCUACUUUUAUUUUUGAUAUCUAACCUUAUUAUUUUGUGGUCUUUGAGGGAAAGUCAGUAUGUAUUGUAUUUUAAGUAUGAGCACAGUUCGAAAACCUGUUAAGUGAGGCACACCGGAUUUCCAGUUUUGUGUUUUGUAAUGUAUCCCAGCAUUACUAAUGUAAUUUAUGUAAAGUAUAAAUAAACAAAAGGAUACUGUUUUGAAAUUUCA